AUGUACCCGAGCAAUUCGUUGUGUAGUCCUGUACUAUUUCUCUUGGAAUGUGGUACAUUCCGCCUGCCAUUCGAAUAUGAAGUCACCGGUGAGGCCCCUUAUGUACUGAAAAAUUCACUACACCUCCUACUUCCUUUUUCCUCUAAGCUCUUCCUGUUACAUUUUUUUCCUAUAAAGCAAGAGAAGGGACAACAUUUUUCUGUGGUUUUAAUUAAGGUCGUACCAGGUGGUGACCACUUGCUGAGUGCAGGCAAAAAAGAAUCAAACCAACACCUUUCAUUUGUUAAUCUGCAGUCCAAUUGUGUGGUGUGCUGGUACAUCAGUGGACGGCCAGGUAUGAUGAAGCGUCCAUUGGAAGAUGAUGAAGAGGAUUCAUCCAUGAAGAGAGCUCGUGGCGAUGGGCCUAGGAUAGAGUUGAGGAUUCUCUUACAGAGUAAGAAUGCUGGUGCUAUCAUUGGGAAGUCUGGUAGUAACAUCAAGAGACUGAGAGAAGAUUUCAAAGCAAGUGUUACAGUGCCCGAUUGCACCGGCCCUGAACGAAUCUUGACAAUUGGUGCCGAUAUAGACACAGCUUUGGAAUGUUUGAUGGACAUCAUUCCCUCUCUUGAAGAUUACAAACAAUUCUCAGACAGUGAUUUUGAUUGUGAGAUGAGAGUUCUGGUUCAUCAGAGCCAAGCUGGUUGCAUCAUUGGUAGAGCGGGAUUCAAGAUCAAAGAACUGAGGGAAAAAACUGGGGCCAACAUAAAAGUUUAUUCAACAUGUUGCCCACAAUCAACAGAUCGUGUUGUUGCUAUCUCAGGAAGGCCUGUUGUAGUCACAGACUGUAUAAGAAAUAUUUACAAGCUUCUAGAAAUGGCCCCACCUAAAGGAGUGAACCAGCCAUAUGAUCCACACAAUUAUGAUGAGUAUUAUGCUCAUGACUAUGGCGGCUACACCAUUGCUGAGGGAGGCCGAGGGAAAUUGCCCCGCGGUGCCCCUCCCCCACCUCCACGAGGAGGAGUCUCUCCAUUGAUGAGCCCACAGAUGAGAGGAAGAGGUGCUAUGAAUGGUAACAUGGGAGCACGAGGUGGCCGGGGAGGUGAUAAUCGAUUUGUCAACCCAGGAAGAGGUGGAAGUGGUCAAGGCUUUUAUGGAGGUCAACAGAAUUUUGCCCAGGAUAGCAUGGGUGGAAUGGGCCAGCAAGGAAUGAUGUUUGGUAUGGAACAGACUACGACUACACAAGUCACCAUUCCUAAAGAUCUUGCUGGUGCAAUCAUAGGAAGAGGGGGUAAUCGUAUAACAGAGGUUCGGCGUCAGUCAGGUGCCCAGGUUGUCAUAGAUGAAGCCCUGCCUGGCUCUAAUGACCGGAUAAUUACCAUCACAGGCACCCAGGAACAGAUAGAUGCUGCACAAUUCUUGCUGCAAAACAGCGUGCGGAAAUUCUCUGAGAAAUAUUGA